AGGCCGGGGGUGGGGAUCGGCCAGGAGGGCCGAGGCCAGUGGGUGUGCUGAAGGGCCUUGGAGGCGUGGUCACAGGGCUGGAAACCCGCCGGAGGGGAGGCCGGUGGCCAUAGGCCGCGUCGCGCAGGGCGGGAGGGGCACGCUCCUAACCUGCCAGUGGACUUUGCCAGUCCUGCUACGCACCAGGCCGGAUCCUAACCAGGCUCUCGCGCAGCCAAUAGCCGGGCCUUCGGCGGCCUCUCCUAGCUCCGCGCGCCAGACCACACGCGGGGGACAGCAGAGGUGGCCUUUCCAGGGCAGGGAUUAGGGGGCAGGAUUGACGCGGAUCCUUGGUUUUCCCAGGCUUCAACCACAUAAGGCGGGGCUUGCCGCUUGGAAUCCGAGAAUGAAUUACACACGGUUCAUCACGGCUGUGAGCGCGGCCAGAAAGCCUUCUGCCAUUCGAGUCAUGACUGAGAUAUUGGGCAAGUCAUCGAAAUCUGUCCUCUCCCUGGCGACUGGAGCACCAAACCCCAACACGUUCCCUUUCAAGACUGCGGUUAUCACCACAGACAACGGAGAGACCAUCCAAUUUGAUGAAAACAUAAUGAAGAGAGCACUACAGUAUUCUCAGAGUGCUGGCCUCCCAGAGCUGUUAUCCUGGCUAAAACAGUUACAAGUAAAAUUGCAUAAUCCUCCCACCAUCCAUUAUCCACCCAGCCAAGGACAAAUGGACGUGUGUGUCACCUGUGGCAGCCAAGAAGGUCUCUGUAAGGUAUUUGAGAUGAUCGUUAAUCCUGGAGAUAAUAUCCUCGUAAAUGAACCUAUUUAUUCAGGAACAAUUCAUGCUGUGCAACCACUGGGCUGCAACAUUAUUAACAUUUCCAGUGAUGAGCACGGGAUUAUUCCAGACUCCCUCAGAGAAAUACUUUCCAAAUGGAAACCAGAAGAUUCAAAGAACCCCGAGAAAAACACCCCCAAAUUUCUUUAUACUGUCCCAAAUGGCAACAACCCUGCCGGGAACUCAUUAACAACUAACCGCAAGAAGGAAAUUUAUGAGCUCGCAAGAAAAUACGACUUCCUCAUCAUAGAAGACGAUCCUUACUAUUUUAUGCAGUUCAACAAGCCCUGGGCACCGACUUUUCUCUCCAUGGACGUUGAUGGGCGUGUCAUCCGAGCUGACUCUUUUUCCAAAGUCCUGUCCUCUGGGUUGCGAAUAGGGUUUAUAACUGGUCCAAAGCCCUUGAUCGAGAGAAUUGUUUUACACAUACAAGUUUCAACGAUGCACCCCAGCACUUUUGCCCAGCUCCUGGUAUCACAGCUUCUGUACCAAUGGGGAGAAGAGGGCUUCCUGGCUCAUGUAGACAGGGUUAUUGAUUUCUAUAGGAAGCAGAGGGAU